UUUAUUAUUAGCUUUUCAAAAGUCGUCACUAUAUUCGUUUUCAUGCGAGUUGAUCAUUGCACGAAUGCGUAGAACCGCAUUAAAACAUUCAAUUUAUAUGAGCAAUGAGCAAUCAUCUAAACUAUUUCCAUGAUCAGACCGGCGCCAAGACCAGCCAGUCCAGUGACGACUAAGCCACUAUAUAGCAACAUAUAUUGUCAUGUUGCAGAUGCAGCCGCCGUAAUUCUCCGGCCAACGAUCUUUCCCCUCUAACCGCUAGGGAUCGAGAUCCAAAUGGACUACGAACAUGGAGAACUCUUAUCAGACAGAUCGGAGUUGAUUGAGACUGCCAUUUCAUAAGCCAUACUAAGGUUGGGAAUAAACAAGAGUCAUGGAGACGCUGUUAGGUCCUAUGGUUCAAGUUGUACUGGACAAGGUAUGUACGGCCAUGUUGAACAGAGCUCAAGUCAUAGCAAACUUUGAAGACCAGUUUGAGCAGCUGAAGAAAGGGUUAACAACUACGAAUGACCUACUUGCCAAAGCGAUGGAUCUUCAGAGCAAGUAUGACGAGGUCAUGGGUGCCUUGAGCCAACUAAGAGAAGUAAUUGAUAAAGCUGAUGAUGUAUUGACAGAUUGCCUGGUUCGAGUUACAUACAAGGAAAAUAAGUCCUCACUACGUUUCUGGUUUCAUGAUCCGGGAUUUAAACUUCGAGUGGGCAAGCAGUUGAAAGAUAUCAAUACGAAAAUGGACGUGGCACGUAAUACCUUGGGAGAACAUUUGAAAAUUGCAAACUCUACAGCGCCUGAUAGAACCCAUAACGGUGAAAGCCAUGAAAACCAGAGUGAAAGUACUUGGGAAUUCAUGUCUCGGAAUUACGACCCGGGUGUGACCUAUGGAUUGGAUAAUUACAUCAAAAGUUUGAAAGAGUGGAUGCUUGGCAGUACCAAGGGGAAACUCGACUUUGCUGGCAUUGUGGGGAUGGGGGGUUUGGGCAAAACCACCAUUGCCAAGAUGUUCUUUAAUGAUCCUGAAGUUGUAUCUCACUUUGACAAGAUGAUCUGGGUGCCUGUUUCACGGAACUUUAGUGCGCAGCGGAUUCUGAAGUGCAUGCUGGAAAAGGCAAAUCUGCAAGCACCGGAUGUUUUGGAAUCUGAUAACAUGUUCACCAGCCUUAAACGACUUAAAGAUCAAGCUUAUCUCAUCGUCAUGGAUGAUGUGUGGCAUAAUCCCAAUUUAUAUAGUUUCUGGACUAACCUCCGCGACUCCCUACCAAAAACAGUUAAAAAAAGCAGCUGCAUCAUAAUUACUACUAGGAACAUAGAGGUUGCCAAUCGUUUGGUGGACCAAGACUCACUAAAAUUGCAGCCCGAUACUCUGAAUGAAAAGGACAGCUGGGCUUUGUUCAGCAGAGUUGCAUUUCAAUCAACCGAGGUUACCGAGCUGUUCAAGGAGGCAGGACGGGCUAUCGUGAAUAAAUGUGGUGGGCUUCCACUGGCAAUCAAGACAGUAGGAGGGUAUUUGGCCAAGGAGAGUCUUUUUAAGUGGACCGAGACCAUAGAAAAAUUCCAUUCAUUGGCUAUCAAUAAUGAAGAAACAGAAUCACUUAUGCUUUGUCUACAAGUGAGCUACAAUGAACUUCCAACGGAAAUGAAGCAGUGCCUAUUGUGUCUCUCCGUUUACCCUGAAGACGUUGAGAUACAUGCUGAUCAGCUACUUCACUGGUGGUUUGUAGAGGGCCUCAUCCGGAGCAAGAAAGGCAACUCUAAAACAGCACUAGAAUUGGGCUAUGAAUAUCUGGCAAAACUAGCCAACAGAUGCCUAUUGGAAGUUGCGGAAACCCGAGGCUAUGAUGGAAGAAUUUAUAAGUUCAAAAUACACGAUAUGAUACGGGAAUUAAUAAUCAGAAUUGCAGAAAAAGAGAAAUUUUGCAACUUCAACGAAGAAUGUAGGCAGAUACAGAUUGAAGAAUCUCGGUGGUUAUGUAUCACUGAAGAUAUGGCAGCUGAGGUUGAGACGCCGUGGAUCAAAAGCAAUUCAAGCAAUUCAAAGUUGAGGGCACUUUUACUGAUGUCAAGCCCUUCAAUGAUUGACUUCACCAAGAAAUUUGUGCUGUUAGAGUCACUCAGGGUAUUGGACUUUUCUUACUCCAAGUUAGAUGUGAUUAUUGUUGAAGAUAGCAGCACAGCCUCUUCAGGGAUUCGUGUAGAGAAACUCUUCGACAUGAUCACUUCUCUGAAACGCCUAGCAUGUCUAAACCUCAGUGGAGUUCAGAAACUAUUAGAAGUGCCAUCUUCAAUUGAGAAACUCCUUAACCUCCAGGUUUUGGUAUUGAAUGGAUGCAUAAAUUUAGGCAAGAUACACGCCAAAAUCACAAGUUUGAAGAGGCUUGUUGUCUUGGACAUUGGAACAUGUCCCCUUGAGCACUUGCCUCGGGACCUAGGGAGACUCUCUGAUCUGCAAGAACUCUCUGGAUUUAGGGUGGUAAGUCGGGCAAAGACAUGGGGUUGCACCCUUCUUCAGCUUGGAAGACUAAAGCAGCUAAGAGUUCUUCGAAUUACAAUAGGUAAUGUGGCUGAAAUCUCUGAAGAAGAAAAGAAGAGCCUAUCAAGUCUCCAGAACCUCAAGGUUCUAGCUAUUGAUGCUGCAGAUACUAACAAACAAGAAAAUCUGGAAAUGAUAGAUGAGCUGGAGUUGCCUCCAAAGAUAGAGGAGCUGUAUCUCAGGAAUUACCGCUCCCGAAAAAUGCCAAACUGGUUUAGUCCCUUGAGGCUUCCUAAAUUGCAUUAUCUUUCUAUUGAGGAUUGCGACGUUGAAAGCCUAAAGGACAACUACAGUUGGAAAAUUGAAGGUUUGUAUUUAAAAUUGUUAGAGAUGUUAAAGGUAGACUGGAAUGACUUGAAGAGAACCAUGCCAGCAUUACGCUACAUGGAGAUUAGCAAAUGUUCCAACUUGAGAAACUUUCCAAUCGAUGUUGUCAAGAAAGCGGUUUGGAGAAAGUGAUGGAUCAAUAACAGGCAGGAAAAAUCACCAUGGAUCUAAGCAUUGAUCGUUGGUGAGUUCACGAGCAUAUUGCACUUCUAUUCCUAGCCUUGAAAUUUGUGCUAUAUGUAUGUAGGGUGCAAGAUAUUUUAUGUGGUGUUAUAUUUGUUUGGCAUGUAAAAGUAUUUAAUUAUGUGUGAAUGUGUGAUGCAUUGGCUGUGAUUCAAAUUAUAUGAGGCAAUGAGAUACAUAUGAUGAGUAUAUAAUGAUGUGCAGUAAGACA